AUGGAGGCUCUGAGACCCCGUGGUGGUGGUAUAUCACACGCGUCACCCCCCGGAGUGGGCAACGUGGCCUCCCAAUUCGCGGAAACACAAGAUAUGCCAGUCACCCCAACGCCAACCCGCUGGCGAUCUGGGAACGCGAUGCAACCUGGAAUUAAUGAAGGCAGCAUGGAGAGUAUGAGCGUGGAUGAAAAUGAAGGCCAGGAGCGCGGGCGACCUGGGGGAUCCAGCCGGGGCCCCAGCCGGGCCAGCGAGGCUAGAAGUGGAAUCAGACAACGAAAGGUCCUACAAAAGUCAUUGAUUGGUAGGUCAAAGCACCAGUCUUCCCUACUGGAUGCGAGCAAGCACGCCCAGGUGUUAGUAGGGGCCCUAGAAGCAGCCCAAACACAGCAACAGGAAAUGUACCAGGCGGUCCUAGAACAAGUGCAAGCACACAUGGCAGAGGAGCUAUCCAACUGGAAAGCAGAACAACAACUCCAUGAAGGAAUCUAUCUUGAGCGAAUCACAAAUCUGGAACUGGAAGUCAGCAAGCUUCCAAGAUACACCGGCAACCAAUGCCCAAUUGAGUCAAAUGAACCGGCAUGA